AUGAAACCUCGGGGCACUGACAUGUUAUCAAAGGGAACCAAUAUCUUCCAGGUCAUGGGAUCUACACAACCUUUGAUUGUGAUGCAUCCAAAGUACAUUGAUGAGAUCAAGAAUCACCCGGAUCUGAGCUUCACCGACGCAAUCAAGAGGAGCUUCUUCGACAAUCGGAUCGCUGGCUUUGAGCCAUUCCACAACGGGACGUCAACUAGUGUUACCAUUGAGGUCGUGCGUACCAAGCUGACCCAAUCUCUUGGAUCUUUGUCAAUCCCUCUUUCUAAGGAGGCUUCUUCGAUAUUGCAAGAGGCGUUACCACACACCGACGAAUGGACACCAUACAGUUUCGCUCAAAAAAUCCCGUUUGCCGUCGCGCGCCUCUCGUCGCUCAUAUUUGUGGGUGAGACCGUCUCCCGCAAUGACGACUGGAUUGACAUGUCAGUCAACUAUGCGAUUGACGCAUUCGUGGCCAUGCGUGACUUGCGCACUUGGCCAUCCGUCUUUCGUCCGGUUGUUCACUGGUUCCUGCCGUCCACUCGAAAGCUACGCAGUUAUUUGUAUAAUGCCAACAGCAUCAUCGAAGAGGAAAUCAAGAAACGCGCCUUGAUCCGGGAAGGCAAGCUCCCAGCAGAAGACCCGCCUCAUAAGCCCGAUGCUUUGGACUGGUUCCGUGAGACUGCUGAGGCCCAACAGAACUUUACCUUCGGCCAGAGCCAUGCUCAGGUUGGACUGGCCCUGGCGGCGAUUCAUACCACAUCGAACCUGCUUACCAACAUUAUGUACGAUCUCGCCGCAUAUCCAGAGUACAUUCAGCCACUGCGCGACGAGAUAUGUGCUGUGGCCGCUACGGAUAAGGUGCUCAAUAAGACCAGCUUGCUUAAGUUCAAGUUGAUGGACAGUGUCAUGAAGGAGUCGCAACGAACCCACCCUCUGGGCUUGACUUCUUUGAACCGCUUCGUUCAGCGAAAGAUAGUUCUUUCUGACGGCACCGUACUUCCCAAGGGCGCAAAUAUUGCCGUCUCCACCAGAACCCUCGAAGACGACGAUGUCUACCCUAAUGCGGCUACCUACGACGGCUACCGGUUCUUGAAGAAGCGGCAAGAGCCGGGUCAUGAGCACAAACACCAAUUUGUCACGACGACCUCUGAUCACUUUGUUUUUGGGCACGGUGUCCAUGCUUGCCCGGGCCGCUUCUUUGCGACGAUGGAAACCAAGAUCAUCCUCAUGCACUUGGUGAUGAAAUAUGAUUUCAAGUUGAAGAGCGAAGGUCGACCUAAGAAUUGGGAGAACGGGUUUGGGUCUAUCACUGACCCUACGAUUGAGAUGUUGUUCCGGUCUCGGCAGCCCGAGGUCGAUUUGUCUUUCUUUGGAGAGUAG